AUCACCUUGAAUAGGAUUUAGGUUGGAGCAAAAGAAUCGAAGCCAUUUCGUUCUGUCGCUCUAAACGGUUCGAGAGACGAUUUUUGUGUUAUCUAUUGUAUUUAGUCACUUAGUGGUGUGAUUUAUUAAAUGUUAAAAAAAUUGUGAGAGUGGAUGGAUUUUCGUAUCGUCGCCAUAGUUGGGAUGUCCGCGCGAUCCACGAAGUCAUUGCUGCUGUUCUUGCUAAGCAUUUGCAAUGGCUCAAUAUUAUCAAAUAGUUGGGCAAGGACCUUCAUUGACACUUGAGGAUUUACAAAGAUAUUGUCCUAAUAUAUGUUUGGAUGGAAUUAUUGUUAACCAAGAAGACCAGCAGUAUGGCCAACAACAAGUUGUAGUGCAACAAGCAGAUACAUCUAGUGAUAUAAUAGUGAGUGAAGGUGUCCAACCUCAACUAGUUGUUGGAGAUGGGUUGCCUUAUCAACAACAAUACAUUAUACGUCAUGAACCUCAGCAACCCACCAGGACAGAAUUCCAACCCCAACAACAACAAAACCAGCAACAACAACAGCAGCAGCAACAACAGGCCUUACAUAGACAUCAGGUAUACUACACCUCUGAUUUGCCUGUGGAUGCUCAGGUUGUGUUGCAACAGGCCCAACAGAUCAUUGAUGCAUCUCUGAUGCAACAGUCAUCACCUCAACAUCCGCAACAUCAACUUGUCAGUCCGGGCCACGUGUUGUCGCAGCCUACUGUGAUACACCCAGCACAGCAGCCGCCGCCGCAGCCCCCACCCCAAACGGCUACCCAACAACUAGGACCACCACAAAAUCAACAACAAGCCCCACAGCUGGCAAGAGCCUCACCCCAACUAAUCCAACAUCUUCAACAGCAACACCAACAACAAAUCCACUUACAACUUCAACAACAGCAGCAACAACAACUGCAACACCAACUGCAGCAACAACAACAACAACAGCAGCAGCAGCAACAACACCUUCAACCCCAACAAAUACAACACCAACAAGUUGUAAUGCAUGCAGCAUAUAUCAAUCAACAGGGUACACCUACACGGCAGCCAGCGCCUCGUUUACUGAAUCAAGCACUCAAUACCACUCCCGGCCUGACCCUUGUCCGCACGCCGGUGAGGACGGUGCGCCCCCGGCGGCCUCCCGCCCGGGCCGCGCUGGCGAGCGCCUCUGGCACACAGGUCGCUAGGCAUCUCAACCCACAGCUACAGCAGGCACAAAACAGUCCGGCGGGUGUGGGCCGCGGCGUGUCCCCAGCGGCGAGCCCGGCGGGAGGGCGUGGCGGUCGUGCGGCGCGCCCCGCCUCUCCACGCGUCAUGCCCCCGCUCGCGCAGCAUCGCCCACCGCGCCCCCGCACACCCCUCUCACAGACUCCACAUCAGUUAGCACAACACAUCAUAGGCCAACAAGUUCAUCAGCAACAAAUACAGCAACAGAUAAAUCAGCUAAAACUGACUCCACAACAACAACAAAUUAUCCUCAAUCAACAAAACGCCGGCAUCUCGCAAGCGACGCGAAUCAUUACACCGCAGGGAACUAUAGUGACGCAGGGACUGCAAACACAAAUGUCACAGCAUAAUGUCGUACAAACCCAGAGCAAUGGACCGCUACCUCAACAAAGCACAAUGAAUGGCCCAACACAAAGGGCUUCACCUCAUCCACAAAUACAACAGCAAGUUAAAAAAGUCGCAGUACAGCCCAACAAUGCCAACGAAAUGGACGACCUUGAAGAAAGUAUUACAGCUGCUAUAGUUCAGAAACAUCCUAUCAAUGAGAGCAUCAGCUCACCUCAGCAAUUCCACACUCCGCCGCCUCAAAACAGACAGAACCACACAAGCACAUCUGUACCCCAACAUCAAUUAACAUUCAGUCCGCAACAUUUCCUCAGCAGUCAACCUCAACAACAGACAUUUGAACAAACCCAGUUGCAACAUACGACAACUCUUAGUCAUUUGUUAAUGGAUACAGAUAAUGCGGAGGAAGAAAGACAAGUGCUUACGUUUGCAAACGGUCAGCGGAUAACACUUGCAGAGUACAAGCGAUUGCAUCAGCCCGCCCGCUCACAGCAGCAACUUGUUCCUCAGCAACAAAGUGAAACUGGCCGCCAGACGUUGGUGCGAAGCAAAGAACAGCCGCGACCGGUGCAACGAGUACUGCCCAUGCAAAACCAACAGCAGCCAAUGCAAUCCGAUACCAGCGAGUCGGUGAGUAGUGGUCCGUCAGAACAAUCAGCGGAACCGCAAUCAGCAAAAAUGUUGAUAUUUCUUCAGAAUGGUGAACAGAGAUUGAUUACGUUCACUUUACCCAAAGAAAGCUGUACACUACAAGAAGUUCUUGAACAGGUCAAUGUACCAUUUUCAGAGGACACUCACAUCCAAUGCAUGCAAAAUACAAGUAGUGAAAUUGAUUAUUUCGUCUCUGUAGGCGCCACAGCUAGAAUAGAAGAAAUGUUGGAAAAUCAUCCUAUGCUCAUUGGUGAUAUGAGUAGUAGAACUUCCCCUACUGCUUUACCCCAACCACAAAACAGUGCAAUGUCAACACCAGAAAAGAGUCAAUGUCCUGAUAAUGUAAGCAGUAAUAGUCCCGAAUCUCCGGAACGGCGGUCGCCCCCGCCGCGGUAUGUGGACGGUAUGCUGGCGGUCUGCAAGUCUUGUGGCUAUACCGGAUUCGAUUUCAGUCGCUGCCAAAGGUGUAAAAGAGUUUUUACCGAGGAGCCUAAGAGUGUGCCAAGUAAGAAACUAGAACAAAAGAAAAAGGAACCAGAAAAAAGUCUUUUGGACAAACAAAACUCUUGUAGUAGUGAUGGAAUUAAACUAAAUUUACUGAAGACUACAGUGAAGGCACUAAAUAACAAAACUCAGGAUAAAAAGCCGACAAGAGUUAGGAAGCCAAAAGCGAAACCUGAUCCCGAACCAGUUAUAUUGACAUUAAGCUCUGACGAAGAGGAUUCCAAUAGCUCGAUGCUCAGUAGUCAGCAUGAAAUUUCCAUCAAUAUUAAGGAACCUACUUUGAGUGAAAUUGAAGGAACCUCUGAAAAUUCCUUUGGCAUGGAUCACAUGGAAGAUGGAAGUAGAGAAGAGAUUAACCCAAGCUCAUCUCAAGGAAUUGUUACAUCUCUUAACUGUCGAACUAUUAGAAUUGGUUCUUAUAGAUAUACACCAAAGGAAAAGGUAUACAUAUCAUCUAAAGGUAUUAAAAUUGUUGCACCCUCCUUAAAAAAUGAAUCACGAGAGGUAGCACUGCAAAUACAGUUAAAAGAAAUUGUUAGAAUAUUAGUCCAUUUUGGAAAAGGACUGCCUGUUAUUUUUUUGUAUACUAUGAGUAAAUGCGGAGCUUAUGUAAGAAAAGCUUUGGAUAUGAUAGAUGAUACUGGACCAUACUACAAUCCUAUGUCUGUAGUAGAUCCAUAUAAAAGGAUAACUUUGUUACCCGAGUGUAUAUCAGAUGAUGCAAAAAAUGCCUUAAAAGCUUUAUUUGGUAAGCUAAUGGAUGAACUAAAUGCCCGUGAAGCUAAUGAUAUUUUAGUAAGGACUUGUCCUAGAGAUAGUAAUAAUGUUGCUAAAAUUACAACUAGGUCAAUGAGCACCUCCAAUUCUGGAGCUAAGAGUGCGAACCCCACAGAAAUAAGACAGAUCUUAAUUUAUCCACCUGGUAAAGGUGGUAUACCUAUAAAUACUGAAGACUACAUGUGCCUGGCGCAAGAUCAAUUUUUAAAUGAUGUUAUCAUAGAUUUUUAUUUAAAACAUUUAGUACACGAUAUUUUAACACAUGUACAGAGAGAAAAGACUCAUAUUUUUAGCACAUUCUUUUAUAAAAGGCUAACAACCAAACCUAGUAAAGUAAACAAAAUAUCAAAUCCACAUGAAUGGGAUAGUAGUCUAACUCCGGCACAAAAGCGACAUGCCAGAGUUAAAACAUGGACUAAAAAUGUGAAUAUAUUUGAAAAAGACUUUAUUGUAGUUCCUAUUAACGAAAACUGCCAUUGGUUUGUGGCUAUUAUUUGUUUUCCCAGCUUAGAAGGUUGUAGAAGUAUGAUUGACAAUAGAACUCUUAAUCCUCAGCAAAUUAAAAAACGAGAACGACGGCCUUCAAUACAGAUUGGUAAUACCACAAUCACCCCUUUGACUAAACAAGAACAGCAGCUCACUUUGAAUUGUGAUGCUGAUAAUCUGAGUGAACGUGAUGAGGCUGAGGCUGAUGAAAGUGAUUUAGAUAUGCAAUGUGAUUCAGAUGAUGAUGAAACUGAAAAAGCGGAAAAAAGAGUAGAACAAACACCAAUUGGCAGAAAUGAACCUAUAAAGCAACCCUGUAUAUUAAUUUUUGAUUCGUUAGCCGGUGCCUCUAGGUCAAGAGUUGUGGCGACUUUACGUGACUACCUCACAUGUGAAUAUCAAGCAAAAAUAUGUAAAAAUAAAGUUUUUAACAAAGACAAUAUUAAAGGAAGCUGUCCGAAAAUACCUCAACAAAAUAAUUUUACUGAUUGUGGCCUGUAUUUGUUGCAAUAUGUAGAGCAUUUUUUUAAGGAGCCAAUUUUGGAUUAUACUUUACCUAUAAAACAGCUGACUAACUGGUUUGAUGAAAUUGUUGUGACGAGGAAGAGAGAAGAAAUCUCCAUUUUAUUAAAAGCAUUAAUGCACAGAUACAAUCCAGAGUCACAUUUAACUUUACCUGACAUCACAUUCCCCACAUUAAAUGGUAAAUUAAUUGAAAAUGAAGAACAGCCAGAUGAAGCAUCCGAUGGAGACAAAGGAAAUUCAAGUAAAACCUCAAAACCUGACAAAGAUAGUGAACAACAACCAACACUAACAUUAGUGAAACAAGCCACUGGUGAUAUAGUGGUUAAACGCGGUUUUACAGACGCGUCGGAUACCAUACAUUUAAGAAAAACUAUUAGGUUAUCCAGUGAUACUGAAAACAAGACAUUGGUUCCAAUCAAGAAGAAUGAUACUGAAAAUAAAAUUUUUAUUCCUCUUAAAUUGCACACAAGUGAUGUGGUUAAAGACUUUCAAAAUACGUUAUUGGUAACUAAAAAUAAAACUCUUGGUGAUAAAAAAUAUGGUGUACAUAAUCAGAAUGUAUCAAGUGUGAACUGCAUACGACAGAACCCUAGUGACAGUGAUGGUAACAUGUUUCUCAAGACAAGACGGAUUAACAAACUGGAAGAUAUGAAUGAAUCUAGCAAAAAGUUCAAAAGAAAUGAGUGUUGAGAAUGUGGCCUGUCCAUUUAACCCUUAUUUUAAAUUAUUAAUAAUUUAAUAAAAUGUAUAGAUGUUUGAGGGACUUGUAAAUAUUAGUUAAUGCUAUUUUACGACAUGUAUUUAAUACUGUACUGUAUCUGUUUUAUAAUGAUAAUGUAAAGGUUAAAGUUUAAAUUGUGUAUUAUAUUAGCU